AUGUCUGUCUUCCGCAGCGAGGCGCAUCGCGCCAUGUUCCUGCGCAUGGUCGCGCUCCAGCUGCGUUGCAAUAUUUUGCGGCGCUUCGGCGGCGUGCGCCAGGAGGAGUGCCGCGUGCUGCGCUCGCGACCGGCGCGCCGGCUCCUGAUGCACUGGGCCUCAGACAUCGUGGAUCGAUUGCCCAGUGAUUCCGCAUCGCAAUCGUCUUUUGUAGCCCGUGAGUCCGCUAGGGUCCCGCCCCGUGUGCUACGCGACCCGGCUGUGGAGCCCCUGCUUCGGGAGGAUGCCGGCCUGCGCUGGCUUGUGUCACGUCUGGAGAGCGACGACGCACUUGUGCCCAAGCCGCACUUCCCGUCGGUGCUGCGCUACAACCUGCCGCAGUUCCCCUUCAAGCCGUACGAGAUCAACAAGGCGCGGCAUCUGUACGGGUUGCUGAAGUUCCCGUUUUACAGCCUCACGGCGGACGUCAACCGCGCUCCCAGCGAGAAGUUCACCGGGCUGCAGGAGCCCGUGAUGCCGAACGAAUGCAAGGUGCCUGGGGAGCACAACAUCGCAUCGGAGUUCGUGUACCAGGACGGCGGCACUUUGGGUAGCGUGGAUUACAUUUACGCGCCCAGCGAAGUGGAGACUGGCCUUGCCGGCAGGGUCAUUUAG